AGACUUACAAUGUUGUUUUAGUUAUCAGCAAGCAGAAAAAGCUGUCCAAUUUGCUGUUCCUCGACUUUUAUCUAUGGGAAUCAAAGUAAUUCGGCCACCUGACUAUUAUGCCGAAAUGGCAAAAAGCGAUGGUCACAUGCAAAAAGUGCGUAAACGACUGCUGAAGAUCCAAGAAGGCAAGGAAAGGCAGGAAGCUAUUCGUAGAAUGCGGGAGGAGAAAAAAUACGCGUCUAAAGAAGUUUUGGAAAAGCGAAUAAGUGAAAAGAAACAAUUAAUGGAAGCUGUGAAGAAGCAUAAGAAAGGAAUGAAACAACAGUUGGAAGAUAUGUUGAGCAAUGUUAAAAGAAUGGGUUUGGAUCAGGUUCGUCCCCAUUUUCCUUGCAGAAAAACAGUGCGAUCAUUUAAUGUGGGUAGGUUCCAACAAUCAACAGAGGAUGAACCCGUUCCUAGUGGAUCUGCGAACAAAAACGCUAUAAACAAGUUUGGCCGUACAAAGACAGGGCGAGGAUUUGAUGCGAAGAAGCAGUGGAAAGAUCAAAAGUUUGGCUAUGGUGGUAGAAAAAAAGGUAGCAAGCGGAAUGACAGAGAAAGUUUUGAGAAUAUAACGGAUAGAAGAGAGAAAUUUGGAAAAUCAGGCCAUGGUGGUGGAGGUUUCCGUGGGAAAGCACGAAUAAGAGGUGGUAGAUCUCGAGGAGGCAGACGAUGAUG